ACGUUAAUUCAAUUCACGUACAUAUAUAUACACACACGCAAUCAAUAUGUGUCUCUGUGUAUAUAAAUUAUCUGCUUCAAUUCUCAAGAACGGUCGAUCUUCUGUCUUCGAUCAUCACAUCACUACUACCUAUAUAUAUACUGAGGACAUUCAAUUCUGCAGGUCUGAUAGAUAUUCCAUUGAUGAGUCGAAGUUAAAUGUUCAGUGCAUGGAAAUCUGGGUCCUGAUCCUCGUUAUGUCACUUGCACUGAGUUUUGGCGGUGAACCGGCGGACGGAGGAAGCUGCGGACCGUCGCCGGUGAAGUUCGAGGUUGGAUUGGUUGUGGACGAGCGAUCUCCGGUGGGGAAGAUUGUGAGGAAGACAGUUGAAAUGGCAGUUGAUGAGUUCUACGCUAUAAAUACUGAGCAUGAAACCAAGAUUAAUCUUCACCUACGAAAUUCCGCCGGUGACCCAUUGCUUGCUUUCUCCAACGCUGUAGACCUUUUGGAGAAUGUUAAGGUGGGGGCAAUUAUAGUACCAGAAUUGUGGAAUGAGGUGACACUUUUUGCCAGGCUAAGUGAUAAAGCUAGAGUUCCCAUGUUUUCCUUUUCUUCAGUACUGUCCCCAAAUGCAUAUCCUUAUUUUGUUCAAAUAUCUCAAGAUGGGGAUACAGGACUGGAAGGCAUUGUUGCAUUUGUAAAAAGAGCUAAUUGGAGCAAUGUCAUACUUAUCCAUGAUGGAACCGAGUAUGGGUUGAAUGAUCUCUCCCGCAUGAUUGAUCUCUUCCAAGAGGUUGGCGUGCGUGUGGUUCAUAAGACUACCAUAUCUCAUUCGGCUGAAGAACCUCAAAUUAUUGAAGAGCUAAAUAAGCUCAAGAAAAUGGAGACAUCAAUUUUCAUUGUGCACUUGUCAGCUUCCUUGACACCUCUCCUUUUUGAAAAUGCAAAAAGAUUAGGAUUGAUGGCUAAAGGUUAUGCUUGGAUCGUAUCGGAUAAAACUAUGAAUUUCCUGCAUACCUUUGAUGGUGCUAUUAUUGAAUCAAUGCAGGGAUCGUUGGGAUUCAAACCUUACAUUCCAGCAUCAGGCAAGCUUCAAAAUUUCACUAAGGAGUGGCUUAGGAAGUCCAAUAUAGAAGCUUCUAUGGAGUUGAAUGUAUUUGGUUUAUGGGGAUAUGAUGCAGUAUGGGCACUAGCAAUGGCCAUUGAAAAGGCCGGGAAAAGAAUCCCUCCAACUGAAGAACGAUGCAGGGACCUCCUGAAUUUGACAAGCAUUGGCAUUUCAAGUAAUAGUAGCUCAUUAGUACUGGAGGAGGUAUUGAAUAGCAGGUUUGUAGGUUUGUCUGGUGAAUUUCAAUUUCAGAAUGGGAAACUUGCUUCCAAAACAUGUGAAGUAGUAAAUGUUAUAGGCCCUGGUGGGAGAAGAGCUGGGUUUUGGACUCUGGGUGUUGGAUUCACCGUUCAAACACCCUCAAAUAAAUCAAUGAAUUUUUCAAGUAGUGACCUUGAUUCUAUUAUUUGGCCAGGGCCAUCUUUGACUAUUCCAAUGAGAGAUUGGCUGGGUAAAACGCUAAGAGUUGCUGUACCUUGGAAGCAGGUGUUUAAGGAAUUUGUAGAAGUCCAUCAUGAUGUUAGAUCAAAUACAACUAGUAUUAAAGGCUUUUCUGUGGAUGUGUUCCUUGCUGCCAUUGAGAGCUUAUCCUAUGAACUAUCCUUUGAAUUUGUCCCAUAUUUGGUUGUGGAUGAUAAUGGAACGCGACAUUCCAAUUACAAUGAGCUUGUUUAUCAGCUCUACCUUCAGAAAUUUGAUGUUGUUGUGGGAGACAUAACUAUCACUUCAAAUAGAUCAUCAUAUGCGGACUUUGCAAUGCCAUAUACUGAUCUUGGAGUUGGAACCGUAGCAAGAUUGGGCAAUACAGGACCAUGGUUCUUCUUGCAGCCGUUCAACAUAGACCUAUGGAUGAUGAUAGCAGGUUCCUUCAUUACAACUGGUGUUAUUGUUUGGAUGAUUGAACACGAAAGGAAUGAAGACUUUCAGGGUUCACUGGGUCAGCAAAUUGGAACAGUGUUGUGGUUUGCCUCUUCAACUCUUGUUUAUGCACACAGAGAAAGAUUAGUAAGUAAUUGGUCAAGAUUUGUAGUAAGCGUCUGGUUGUUUGUAGUGCUCAUAAUCUCUUCGAGCUAUACAGCAACACUAAGUUCACUAUUGACUUUGGAACGGAUUAAAUUUGCAAAGGGGGACUAUUUAGGUUACCGCUAUAUUUCAGAAGGAGUUGUUUUUAACAACACGAAUUUUGCUGACACCAGGCUUAGACGCUACCACUCUCCUGAAGAUUAUCGCGAAGCUUUGUCAAGAGGUAGUGAGAAGGGUGGUGUUGGAGGUAUAAUUGAUGAAAUUCCUUAUCUCAAGUGCUUUCUUGCUAAGUAUCCAUCAGAAUAUGCACUGGUUGGAACUGCACCAACUACAAAUGGCUUUGCUUUUGCGUUUCAGAAGGGUUCAGCCUUGGUCCCAGAGAUCUCAGAAGCCAUUGUCAGGCUUAGAGUAGAAGGAAAGCUUAAAGAGUUGGAGGAUAAGUGGUUCAAGAAUCAGUCAUCUUUGUUGCCUCUUGCAAAUGCAGGGACUCAACUCAAUACCCUGAGCCUUGAUAAUUUUCGAGGAUUGUUUCUUGUAAGUGGCACUUCGAAAGCUAUUGCUUUCAUUGUGUUUAUUAUUUUUGCACUAAACAAAAAGCUAUCCAUCUAUCAUCAUAUUCUUAAAAUUGCCUUGGGAGGGAAGUUAGCUUUUAUGAUAAGGUAUCUAUUGCCUGCAAAUGCAAUUGAUGGCAUCAAUGCAUGAUGACCCAUAUGACUAUUGUUGAAUAGAAACUUUAGGUUGUUGUACAUAGUCUCUCAACUCACAUGCAGGUAGCCUUCUGUUCUUUCUUUUUUUAUCUCUAUCGAGAUUUGUACAGUAAUCUAACCAAAUAAUGAAAUAGCAUUCCUGUUCUGUUCGUUUUAGAAUACUAUUCCUAUUUUCCCUAUUUGUGAACCAAAUGCCACGUAAAUGAUAUGUAUGACUAGGAGCCAAACUUGAAAUUUCUGCACUGCUGCUUGGAAUCCUUUCAUGGCAUCCUCAUUCAUGUGAGUUGUCGGUACUAAUGGCAGCGAGGCAGGCUCAGAGGCCACGGACAAUCCCAGUUGGAUUGAUCCCGGGUUGGAGACUGGGUACUCGAGGAAGGAUUCCGGUGAGUCUUGGCCGGACUCGGGCAGUGAUUGGUCUGAUGAUCGGAAGUUGGAGGAGUUUGACUGUUUGAUGGGAAAAGAGAAAUGGGUAUUCUCCGAAAAGAGAAAA